AUGUCUGGAGAAAGUACACCUUUACAAAUAAUUGAUGAUCUAGAUGUGGCUCCACAACAAGACAAAACCAGAGUUAUAAAGGAUCUUUUAGCUGGUACCGCCGGUGGUAUUUCUCAAGUUUUGGUAGGACAACCAUUUGACACAACUAAAGUCCGUUUACAAACCUCUACGACACCAACGUCUGCCAUCGAUGUUGUCAAAAACCUAUUAAAGAAUGAAGGUCCUUCAGGUUUUUAUAAAGGUACUCUCACACCAUUAAUUGGUGUUGGUGCCUGUGUGUCUAUUCAAUUUGGUGUCAACGAGGCAAUGAAAAGAUAUUUCCAUUCAGUAAACAAUUUGAAUUCUGAAACUCUUUCACUAUCUCAAUAUUAUCUUAGUGGUCUAGCUGGUGGUGUGGCCAAUUCAUUUUUAGCCUCUCCAAUUGAACAUGUAAGAAUUCGCCUACAAACCCAGACUUCUUCAGGUGCCAACGCAGACUUUAAAGGCCCAUUGGAUUGUAUCAGAAAAUUAAGAGCUCAAGGUGGUUUAAUGAGAGGUCUAAGUGCUACAAUGCUAAGAGAAAGUCAUGGAUGUGGUACUUAUUUUUUAGUUUAUGAAGCAUUAGUAGCAAAUGAAGUUAACAAGUUAAAGGUUAAGAGAGCAGAUAUUCCAGCUUGGAAAUUGUGUUUAUUUGGUGCAUUCUCUGGUACUACUCUAUGGAUGAUGGUGUAUCCUUUAGAUGUUAUUAAAUCAGUUAUUCAAACAGACAAUAUUAAGAACCCUAAGAAUGGCAAUUCUAUCCGUGAUGUAGCCAAAAGAAUAUAUGGAAGAGGUGGUUUGUCGGCCUUCUUUAAAGGGUUUGGUCCAACUAUGCUAAGAGCCGCUCCUGCAAACGGUGCAACUUUUGCUACCUUUGAAUUAUUUAUGAGACUCAUGAAUUAA